AUCGUGCGUUAGUUAAGUGUUGUGUGGUGUCUUGCGUGUUAUCAAAGUUCCCAAAUGAGUACUUAUUUAUGGCGUUGCGAAUUCUUCAAUUCGGCAUUGUGUUUGCAAUAGGAUACUAUCUCGGCCCUGCAUCGCCGUUUGCAGGAGCCGCAGGAGUCCCGGACGUCCCUCUGUCAAUCGACCUGAAAGACCCUGAAGAUGUGACCGUGAUCAGAGGACAGUCGGCCACUUUCCGCUGCGACGCCACGUCCACAACACCCGGUGUACAAAUCACUUGGUUGUACAAUGAAAGCCCAAUUAAAAGCAACGACACCAAGCGCAUUCUCCAAGAAGAUGGUUCUCUCUAUUUCCCCAAAGUUGGAGGCGGCAAAAAAACCAAAGGCCUUGUGGGCGAAUACCGCUGCCGGGCCAUGGUCCAAAACGUUUCAAUGCUCUCAAAUCCGGCGAAACUAAAAAUCGCCUCUUUCGGUGAUUUCGACAAACAACCAAGUAAUCUGAGCGUUCCCGAAUCUCAACCUGCAGUACUUUUCUGCAAGAUAAACUCAGUCCCUGCUGCACAAAUUAAGUGGGAGCAGGAUUACAAACCUCUACCUCAUAACACAAGAUAUGUUCCUCUCCCAACGGGAGCUUUACUAAUUACAAAAACUCAUUCCUCAGACGCAGGAUCAUAUAGAUGUAUUGCAACAAAUAAUUUACUUAAAAAGACUAAACAUAGUAAGAUAGUUGAUUUAACGGUUUCUUCAACCCCGCUGAAGACUGUAGAACCCACAUUUCUACCUCUUGAUAUUUUACCCAAUACCACAGUUUUGAUUGGAGACAACACAAAUUUAUAUUGCGCUGUGACUGGAUGGCCUAUUCCUACAGUACAAUGGCUUAAUAAUAAUAGUAUUGUUAUCAGUAAUUCGAGUAUUUUACAAAUACGUAACGCAACUUUUGACGACGCUGGCGUUUACACGUGUCUGGCUUACAACUCCGGCGGACGCACUUCUCGAAAAUUUGCUCUAGAAGUCCACCAAAAGCCCUAUUUUAACGUGACGCCCAUUUCGCGCAUUUACCCGCCUGCUAGGACCGUCCGACUGGACUGCCAGGCCAAGGGCGUCCCCAGGCCGAAGAUCACCUGGCUGAAGAACGGCGAGCCUUUGCCGAGUGCAGCUAGGAUCAAGAAGCAUCCAAGUGGGCUUGUUAUCAGCCACACGUUCACUUCUGAUUCAGGUAUUUAUCAGUGUUUUGCUGUGAACGCAGCUGGGAAAGUUUGGGCAGCUGCACAGUUGAUACCAACGUUUGUUCACACUCCUAGUCCUCCUGAAAAUGUACAAUGCCGGCCGUUUGACGAGACCAGUAUUUGUCUGACGUGGGAAACGCCGCAUAAUGUGUCGGUUAAGGCCUACAGUAUCUAUUGCUACUACACAGCAAUGGGCCGUGAGAUCCCAGGGCCUGAUUUCGUCACAAACAAGACGCAACAUUUGGCGUCUGGUCUUAAUUCUAGUACAAAUUACACGUGUUACAUUCGGUUGUAUUCGAAAGUCGCAAGCGACCAAUCACAGCAAGUUGCUUGCAAGACAGGUGUGAAAGGACGGAGAAAUUUGCAAGUUAUUCCUGUUAAUGAGACUUCGGUUGAGUUAUCAUGGAGUAAAGUUAGUACUGACGUUCCUUGCGAUGGCACAAAACAUUUGUACAAAGUGCAGUGGAAGAAAAAGGGACGGUCUUUGGUCAAUUCAAAGCAGACUGAACAAUUUUCAUUCGUUAUUUCUGGCCUUUCAGAGUCCGUAGAAUACGAAUUUCGGGUUAUUCCCAGUUGGCAGAAAAGCGACAAUUCUCCGUGGGUCUCUUUCACCCCAAAAGGUGACACUAGUCGCAAGAGCAGUGCAAACACGACGGAUUUGUUGAUCCCAUUGCCUCCUGAACGAUUAGAAGCUGAUAAAAUUUCAGCAACGAGCGUAAACCUGACGUGGAUCGAUAACAAUGAAAACACGAGAUUUUAUUCAGUUUGUGCGACUGAAACUGAAAAGCAUGUGACAGAUUGCGCCGAAAACGACUUGAUGAAAAGUGCUUGGAAUCAUUUGUUAAUUACCGAUUUGCAAGCCAACUGUUCGUAUGAUUUUAAAGUCCGGGCUCAUAAUUACCGCGGUAAUUACGGCCCUUUUUCACAGUCUGUUACAAUACGCACCCGUGCUGAUGUGCCUUCAAAAGUUUUACACUUGAAUUACGAGAUUGUGAACGAAACUGCUGUUUGCUUGCAUUGGCAAGCACCAUUGCACUCGAACGGCAAAGUCACGAGUUACUUAAUUCUUUACACACCUAAUGCAAACUGGCCUUUGGACGAAUGGUUCAAUAAAUCGGUGCCGACUUUUGAUAAUUCAAAGGGCUGUUGGUCGGUCCCUAACAACGACCAAACUUUCUCCUCACUACUUGUCGGUCUAGACUCAAGCAAGCAAUACACAGUUUACGUAAGAGCAGCCUCGGAAGUAGGUCUAGGCAACCCCAUCUAUCCAAUCAAAAUCACAACACGAAACACCAACGCGUUGGCUCCAGAAACGCAAGAGGACGUCCAAUACAAUCAAAUUUUAGGUAUUAUAAUGGGUGUGACAAUUUCGUUGCUCUUCAUAGUGGUGUGUGUUAGUCUUACGAUUUUGGUGCGAAAACGUUGCUUGAAAUCGCGAGCAUUUGCAAGAGCAAGAAUGGCAGCGUCGAAUAAUUAUUAUCCGGCUGUUGCACAAUACGCUUCAGAGGGAAGUUCAGUGCAAGUUAGAUUGGAAAAUCCAGGCUCGGCGAUUCAUGAAAUCGAGCAUUUGGUCAGUGAUGAUGGCUCGAAUCAUAUUCCGCCCGAUACACCCACGCAUUUGGACACCAAGGGCACAGAUGGAUUUCCCAACGGCCACUUAAACGGAUCAGCCAAGCCAUACACAAACGGUCACGUUCCGAACGGCAUUGUUCACAUCACUGAAAAUCCCCGAUACUACAUGCUCGAAUGCAACGGCCACUCCGCGAAGAAAUCAAACCCGCAGGAAACGUACGAAGAAGACUCCAAUUCGAACCUGAAAGCGUCGAAAUUUCAGGACCUCCAGCGCAUUUUCGAGACUUCGUCAAAAAGCCGGCAGUGCAAUCGAGGCGAUUCUAAACCUUCUAGCUUUAAAGACGUCAGACCGAACGGAUAAUGAGCGAAUAUUUCAUAGGCAAAUUCACGACCAAUCAUCCGCUUAAUUUAUUUUCCUUGCUUUCACCGGAUUGCUCAAUGUCUUGUGUUCAGCUGCGGCCACGCGUUGACUUCGUGCGUUUUACCGAAGGGUUGCAGCUGAAGUUCAGGUUUUUUUUAUUUUUUUUUUCGUAGCAUAAUACAACUGGUACCUGAAAACAAUUACAUAUAUGAUAGCGUAGACGUAAGUAAAAUGUUACUGUACAGUAUAUAUUGUGGGUGAGUGCGGGAGCGCUUGUUUGUGUCUGAUUGUUACAUGUUAUAUAUGGCUACAAUGUUAACUGUUCUUCAUUAACGUUACCAACAAAGCAUAUUUAUUAUUUAUAUAAUAUCCAAAGAAUAUUCCAUUGUUUAAACGAUGUACAAAAUUGUUUAGAAAAUAUUAUCCUCUCAUUCAGUCACAAUUCAAUGUGGUGUGUGCCUUUACAUCGUACAAAACAACGAGCGUUUAGUUACGUACAGUAGGCGUAAGAUAUUCAGUUACCGUGUACAGUCACGCCCGAAAAGAACGACACAGGCUGGGCCAGACCGCCUCCCGUCGUCUGCAACUCGGCUAAUUUUUACGCUUAAGUUUUGACACAUUUUAGGAAAUUUUUUUUUGAUUAUACAGAGUGUCCAAAAAAAGUCUGACGUCAAAAUAUAUUUUUUUAAUGGUAUGCUAUUAUUUGUUAGUAGCUACGUCUUGAACAAGGUCUUUCAGACUUAUUAAUAGAGUUUGAUUGGUCUGAAUUAUACAGGGUGUUUACAAUUUAUUUUCAAAUUUUUUCAACUAUUUUAACGGCAACCCCUGUCAAUUUUUAUACCAUUCGAUGCAGAAUAAAAAAAGCUACAUUUUUUGUUAUUACAACCCUAUUGCCAAUCCUAACACAUUCGGAGUUAUUUGCCAAAAACCUUAACCAUGUCAUUGACAGAAUGAGUUUUUGGCAAAUAACUCCGAAAGUGUUAGGAUUUAGGUUAGGGUUGUAAUAUGGAAAAAUGUUUGUUUUUUAAUUCCCUGUCGAACGGUAUAAAAAUAAACAGGGGUUGCUAUUUGAAAUAAACGAAUAAAAAGGUUCCAAAGUUGAAAAAGUUUGGAAAUAAAUUGUAAACACCCUGUAAUAAUUCAGACCAACCAAAAACUAUUAAUAAGUCUGUUUGACUUUGUUCAAUACGUACCUAGCAAUAAUGUCACAAAAAAGCACUGUUUCUAAUUUUUAUUAAUUAUUUAAACCAAAGUUGUAACCGAUUUUUUUGUUUUUUAUUUUUUUUUGACGUAGUUUUUGAACCGAUUUGAAAAAAAUUCAGGAACAUGUAACAAACUAAAAUGGUACGCUAAUGAGCACAAAAACUUAAUAACUUGCCAUUGGUGUGAAUUAUACAGGGUGUUUACAAUUUAUUUCCAAACUUUUUCAACUUUGGUGCGUUUUAUUCGCUUAUUUAAACGGCAACCCCUGUCCAUUUUUAUACCAUUCGAUGCAGAAUAAAAAAAGCUACAUUUUUUGUUAUUACAACCCUAUUGCCAAUCCUAACACAUUCGGAGUUAUUUGCCAAAAACCCUAACCAAGUCAUUGACAGAAUGAGUUUUUGGCAAAUAACUUCGAAAGUGUUAGGAUUUAGGUUAGGGUUGUAAUAUGAAAAAAUGUUCGUUUUUUAAUUCCCCAUCGAACGGUGUAAAAAUAACCAGGGGUUGCCAUUUGAAAUAAACGAAUAAAAAGCUCCCAAAGUUUAAAAAGUUUGGAAAUAAAUUGUAAACACCCUGUAAUAAUUCAGACCAAUCAAACACUCUUAAUAAGUCUGUUAAACUUCGUUCAAUACGUACCGAGUAAUAAUGCCACAAAAACGCACUGUUUCUAAUUUUUAUUAAUUAUUAAAACCAAAGUUGUGCCCGAUUUUUUUGUUUAUUUUUUUUUGACGUAGUUUUUGAACCGAUUUGAAAAAAAAUCAGGAACAUGUAACAAGCUAAAAUGGUACGCUAAUGAGCACAAAAACUUAAUAACUUGCCAUUGGUCUGAAUUAUACAGGGUGUUUACAAUUUAUUUCCAAACUUUUUCAACUUUGGUGCGUUUUAUUCGCUUAUUUAAACGCCAACCCCUGUUCAUUUUUAUACCAUUCGAUGCAGAAUUGAAAAAGCUACAUUUUUUGUUAUUACAACCCUGUUGCCAAUCCUAACACAUUCGGAGUUAUUUGCCAAAAACCUUAACCAUGUCAUUGACAGAAUGAGUUUUUGGCAAAUAACUCCGAAAGUGUUAGGAUUUAGGUUAGGGUUGUAAUAUGGAAAAAUGUUCGUUUUUUAAUUCCCCAUCGAACGGUGUAAAAAUAAACAGGGGUUGCCAUUUGAAUUAAAUGAAUAAAAAGCUCCCAAAGUUUAAAAAGUUUGGAAAUAAAUUGUAAACACCCUGUAAUAAAUCAGACCAAUCAAACUGUAUUAAUAAGUCUGUUUGACCUUGUUCAAGACAUAGAUACUAAUAAUGAAAUAAAAAAGUACUGUUUCUGUUUUUUAUUAAUUAUUAAAACCAAAGCUGUAACCGAUUUUUUGGUUUUUUAUUUUUUCUUGACGUAGUUGAACCGAUUUGAAAAAAAUUCAGGGACAUGUAACAAGCUAAAAUAGCACUCUAAUGAGCACAAAAACUUAAUAACUUGCCAUUGGUCUGAAUUAUACAGGGUGUUUACAAUUUAUUUCCAAACUUUUUCAACUUUGGUGCGUUUUAUUCGCUUAUUUAAACGGCAACCCCUGUUCAUUUUUAUACCAUUCGAUGCAGAAUUAAAAAAGCUACAUUUUUUGUUAUUACAACCCUAUUGCCAAUCCUAACACAUUCGGAGUUAUUUGCCAAAAACCUUAACCAAGUCAUUGACAGAAUGAGUUUUUGGCAAAUAACUCCGAAAGUGUCAGGAUUUAGGUUAGGGUUGUAAUAUGAAAAAAUGUUCGUUUUUUAAUUCCCCAUCGAACGGUGUAAAAAUAAACAGGGGUUGCCAUUUGAAAUAAACGAAUAAAAAGCUCUCAAAACUUCAAAAUUUUGGAAAUAAAUUGUAAACACCCUGUAAUAAUUCAGACCAAUCAAACACUCUUAAUAAGUCUGUUAAACUUCGUUCAAUACGUACCGAGUAAUAAUGCCACAAAAACGCACUGUUUCUAAUUUUUAUUAAUUAUUUAAACCAAAGUUGUAACCGAUUUUUUUGUUUUUUAUUUUUUUUUUGACGUAGUUUUUGAACCGAUUUGAAAAAAAAUCAGGAACAUGUAACAAGCUAAAAUGGUACGCUAAUGAGCACAAAAACUUAAUAACUUGCCAUUGGUCUGAAUUAUACAGGGUGUUUACAAUUUAUUUCCAAACUUUUUCAACUUUGGUACGUUUUAUUCGCUUAUUUAAACGGCAACCCCUGUUCAUUUUUAUACCAUUCGAUGCAGAAUUAAAAAAGCUACAUUUUUUGUUAUUACAACCCUAUUGCCAAUCCUAACACAUUCGGAGUUAUUUGCCAAAAACCUUAACCAAGUCAUUGACAGAAUGAGUUUUUGGCAAAUAACUCCGAAAGUGUUAGGAUUUAGGUUAGGGUUGUAAUAUGGAAAAAUGUUCGUUUUUUAAUUCCCCAUCGAACGGUGUAAAAAUAAACAGGGGUUGCCAUUUGAAAUAAACGAAUAAAAAGCUCCCAAAGUUUGGAAAUAAAUUGUAAACACCCUGUAAUAAUUCAGACCAAUCAAACUGCAUUAAUAAGUCUGUUUGACCUUGUUCAAGACCUAGAUACUAAUAAUGACAUAAAAAAGCACUGUUUCUAUUUUUUUUGUUUUUUAUUUUUUUUGACGUAGUUUUUGAACCUAUUGAAAAAAAAAUAAUAAUUAAUAAUUCAGACCAAUUAAACUGUAUUAAUAAGUCUGUUAGACCUUGUUCAAGACGUACCUAGCAAUAAUAUCACAAAAAAGCACUGUUUCUAAUUUUUAUUAAUUAUUAAAACCAAAGGUGUACCGAUUUUUUUGGUUUUUAUUUUUUUGACGUAGUUUUUGAAAAAAACUUCAGGAAGAACAUGUAAAAAACUAAAAAGGUACCCUAACAAGCCCAAAAACCCAAUAACUUGGCAUUAAAAAAAUAUUGUUAGGGCGCAUAUUUUUUUGGAACACUCUGUAUAAUUGAAAAUAUUUUCCCGAAAUACGUCGUGGUAAAGCCCAAUUUGCGAAUAAAUGCCAGCAAAGGGGCAUAAAACAAGUUUUUUUGGUAGGGGUGUCAUUCUUUUUGUGCGUGACUGUACAUCAAACUUUUCGUUUAUUUUCUCACAUGCUCAAAUUGAAGUUUCGGAGCGCAACCACAAACAUUCCUUCGGACAAUACAAAGUUAGGUUACCGUUUACAUUCCAAAUUCGAAGCAAUAGCCUUAAGAACAGAGGAAAUAUUUCUUGAUUUGAGCAUAAGCCGAGUUGUUCAAACUUUUAAUCUACCUCACUUAUUACGCGGCUUGUUCGUGGAUGUGGGGCGAGGUUUUGCCCCAUGUUCGGGUGAGCCUGUAUUUACAGUAAUUUAAGUAUUUUCCUAAUAUAUAAUAAUGUUUAUUUAUGUUAUGUCUCAGGGCAUUUUAGUUGAUUUAGUUUAGUUUUUUUUUAUGAAAUCGUUUGCUUUAUUUUCUCGAUUGAAAUAUGUCCAUCCGAUAUUAUUUAAUUUUAUUGUUUUUUACCGAAAAGUCUGAUGCGAGAGGCUGCUAGUUUAAAUUUUGUAGCCACAGACUGUUGGUCUGGCAGGGAAUUGUGUUUUUUGAGCACAGUUCUUUUUUCUCCACUUACGUUGAUUAUUAUGACUAUUAUACAAAACUGUUUGUAAUGCAUGAAUUCUUACUGUGGGAUCGGAAGUAAGUACUUAAUUUGUUUCACAUUUUACAUGACAAAUAUUUAAUGAUGAAUAAUAUGGUAGCAAUAAAAUGACACUACUUUUUUCCACAUUUGUACAUAAAACGCAACAACGAAGCGAUCGACUCUAAAGCAGUUUGCAACUAAAUCCCACAGUUUUAAUUCGGAAUGUUAAGUACUGUUAUUGCAACUCAUACUGUAAAUUAUAUUUAAAUAAAAAUGGUGUAGAUGUGUUAAUAAUAUAUUUUUGUACGCUUGAAUGAAUGCGAUAUUAUAAUGUAUUUUAAAAUAAAGAAUAUUCAAAAA